AAAUACAGAUUCGUUAAUUUUGCUCAAGAACUCUGUUUCUUUCCUCCAACAAACAAAAGUUUUUUUUUGUUUUUUCUUCUAUAACCCAUGAAGGCUCCAUCAAAUGGGUUUCUUCCCACUUCCAACGAAGGAGAGAAGAAACCAAUCAAUUCUCAACUAUGGCACGCUUGUGCAGGGCCUUUAGUUUCAUUACCUCCUGUGGGAAGUCUUGUGGUUUAUUUCCCUCAAGGACACAGCGAGCAAGUUGCAGCAUCGAUGCAGAAGCAAACAGAUUUUAUACCAAAUUACCCAAAUCUUCCUUCUAAGCUGAUUUGCUUGCUUCACAGUGUUACAUUACAUGCUGAUACCGAAACCGAUGAAGUCUAUGCACAAAUGACUCUUCAACCUGUGAAUAAGUAUGAUAGAGAAGCAUUGCUAGCUUCUGAUAUGGGCUUGAAGCUAAACAGACAACCUACUGAGUUUUUUUGCAAGACUCUUACUGCAAGUGAUACAAGCACUCAUGGUGGAUUCUCUGUACCACGUCGUGCAGCUGAGAAAAUAUUCCCUCCUCUUGAUUUCUCGAUGCAACCGCCUGCGCAAGAGAUUGUAGCUAAAGAUUUACAUGAUACUACAUGGACUUUCAGACAUAUCUAUCGAGGCCAACCAAAAAGACACUUGCUUACCACAGGUUGGAGCGUUUUUGUUAGCACAAAGAGACUAUUCGCGGGUGAUUCAGUUUUGUUUGUAAGAGAUGAGAAAUCACAGCUUAUGUUGGGUAUAAGACGCGCAAAUAGACAAACUCCGACUCUUUCCUCAUCGGUCAUCUCCAGCGACAGUAUGCACAUUGGGAUUCUUGCAGCUGCAGCUCAUGCUAAUGCCAAUAGUAGCCCUUUUACCAUCUUCUUCAAUCCAAGGGCAAGUCCUUCAGAGUUUGUUGUUCCUUUAGCCAAAUACAACAAAGCCUUAUACGCUCAAGUAUCUCUAGGAAUGAGAUUCCGGAUGAUGUUUGAGACUGAGGAUUGUGGGGUUCGCAGAUAUAUGGGUACAGUCACUGGUAUUAGUGAUCUUGACCCUGUAAGAUGGAAAGGCUCACAAUGGCGUAAUCUUCAGGUAGGAUGGGAUGAAUCAACAGCUGGAGAUAGGCCAAGCCGAGUAUCUAUAUGGGAAAUCGAACCCGUCAUAACUCCUUUUUAUAUAUGCCCUCCUCCAUUUUUCAGACCUAAGUACCCGAGGCAACCAGGGAUGCCAGAUGAUGAGUUGGACAUGGAAAAUGCUUUCAAAAGAGCAAUGCCUUGGAUGGGAGAUGAUUUUGGGAUGAAGGACGCACAAAGUUCGAUGUUCCCUGGUUUAAGUCUAGUUCAAUGGAUGAGUAUGCAGCAAAACAAUCCAUUGUCCGGUUCUGCUACUCCUCAGCUCCCGUCUGCGCUCUCAUCUUAUAACCUACCAAACAAUUUUGCUUCCAACGACCCUUCCAAGCUGUUGAACUUCCAGUCCCCAAACCUCUCAUCCGCAAAUUCCCAAUUCAACAAAUCAAACACGGUUAAUCAUAUCAGCCAACAGAUGCAAGCACAACCAGCCAUGGUGAAAUCUCUACAACAACAACAACAACAACAACAACAGCUGCAACAACAACAACAACAGCUGCAACAACAACAACAACUACAGAUGUCACAUCAACAGCUGCAGCAACAAGGGAAUUAUAACAAUGGUGCGAGUGCUGUUGCUAACCAAGUCUCUUGUCAAAAUCCAAACCAACCUACUGGAUUCUCUCAGUCUCAGCUUCAGCAGCAGUCAAUGCUCCCUACUGGUGCUAAAAUGAUACACCAGAACAUAAAUUCAGUGGGGAAUAAAGCCUCGUCUCAAAUGACAUCGUUUGCGCAAGAAAUGCAGUUUCAGCAGCAACUGGAAUUGCAUAACAGUAGUCAGUUACUAAGAAACCAGCAAGAACAGUCCUCUCUGCAUUCAUUACAACAAAAUCUGUCCCAAAAUCCCCAGCAACUCCAAAUGCAACAACAAUCAUCAAAACCAAGUCCGUCACAACAGCUUCAGUUGCAGCUACUGCAGAAGCUACAGCAGCAGUCGGUUCCUCCAGUAAGCUCAUCCUUACAGCCACAAUUAUCCGCGUUUCAGCAGACACAAAGCCAUCAAUUGCAACAACUUCUGUCAUCACAGAAUCAACAGUCCUUGGCACAUGGUAAUAACAGCUUCUCAGCUUCAACUUUCAUGCAGCCUCCACAGAUUCAGGUGAGUCAUCAGCAGCAAGGACAGAUGAACAACAAAAAUCUUGUAGCCGCCGGAAGAUCACAUUCUGGUCACACAGAUGGAGAAGCUCCUUCGUGUUCAACCUCACCUUCCGCCAAUAACAUCGGACAUGAUAAUGUUUCACCGACGAAUUUCCUGAGCAGAAAUCAACAACAAGGACAAGCUGCAUCUGUAUCUGCAUCUGAUUCAGUCUUUGAGCGUGCAAGCAAUCCGGUCCAAGAGCAUUAUACAAAAACCGAGAGCCGGAUCAAUCAAGGCAUGGUAAAUUUGAAGAGUGCUGGUGAACAGUUCAGAUUUAAAGGCGCGGUAACAGAUCAAAUCGAUGUAUCUACAGCGGGAGCGACAUAUUGUCCUGAUGUUGUUGGCCCUGCACAGCAGCAACAGACUUUCCCACUACCAUCAUUUGGUUUUGAUGGAGACUGCCAAUCUCAUCAUCCAAGAAACAACUUAGCUUUCCCUGGUAAUCUCGAAGCCGUAACUUCUGAUGCUCUCUAUUCUCAAAAGGACUUUCAAAACUUGGUUCCCAACUAUGGCAACGCACCAAGAGACAUUGAGACGGAGCUAUCCAGUGCUGCAAUCAGUUCUCAGUCAUUUGGUAUUCCCAGCAUUCCCUUUAAGUCCGGAUGUUCAAAUGAGGUUGGUGGCAUCAAUGAUUCCGGCAUCAUGAAUGGUGGAGGACUGUGGCCCAAUCAGACUCAACGAAUGCGAACAUAUACAAAGGUUCAAAAACGAGGAUCAGUAGGAAGAUCAAUAGAUGUUACCCGUUAUAGCGGCUAUGAUGAACUUAGGCAUGACUUAGCAAGAAUGUUUGGCAUCGAAGGACAGCUCGAAGAUCCGCUAACCUCUGACUGGAAACUCGUAUACACUGAUCACGAAAACGAUAUUUUACUCGUUGGUGAUGAUCCUUGGGAAGAGUUUGUGAACUGCGUGCAGAACAUAAAGAUACUAUCAUCAGUAGAAGUUCAGCAAAUGAGCUUAGACGGAGAUCUUGCAGCUAUCCCAACCACAAACCAAGCCUGCAGCGAAACAGACAGCGGAAAUGCUUGGAAAUCAAAGUACAAAGGAGUGAGGAAGAGGAAAUGGGGGAAAUGGGUUUCAGAGAUCAGACUACCAAACAGCAGAGAACGUAUUUGGUUGGGCUCUUACGAUACUCCUGAGAAGGCGGCGCGUGCUUUCGACGCGGCUCUUUAUUGCCUCCGUGGCAACAACGCCAAGUUCAAUUUCCCUGAUAACCCUCCGGUGAUCAACGACGGACGAAACUUGUCGCGAUCUGAGAUCAGAGAAGCUGCUGCUAGAUUCGCUAAUUCGUCGGAGGAUGAUUCAAGUGGUGGAGGAGCAGGAUACGAGAUAAGGCAAGAGUCGACUUCAAAAUCGAUGGACAUUGAUUCGGAGUUCUUGACUAUGCUUCCGACUGUUGGUUCGGGUAAUUUCGCUUCGGAGUUUGGGUUAUUCCCUGGGUUUGAUGAUUUCUCCGAUGAAUACUCCGGUGAUCGUUUCAGAGAGCAGCUUUCACCUACACAAGAUUAUUAUCAAGGAGAAGAGAAUUACGACGGUGGAAAAAACUCGAUUAUUACGUCGGCAAAUGUCACAGCUAGGCGAACAAGUCCAUUAGAUAUGAAAUUCCCGUCGCCUGGAAGUUCGAAGAGGUACGAAGACGGCUGUGGAAUUGGUUUAGGUAUAGUCGCUGCGCUUGAGAAAUCCGGCAUCGGGAUCGAUACGGUUUGUCAUACCGGGGCCGGUUCGAUAGGAUUCGACCUGGCUCGAUAUUCCAAGAGAUUCCAAUUCGCGGCGGAUAUUGAUCAAUCUGACUCUGAGGAAUACACUUGCGUCACGACUCGUGAUGGCCGGACCAAAGUCUAUUACAACGAAGAAGAAUUUGAAUUUGGUCAGAAUCUAUCGAACGGUAAUCAGAGAUCGAAAAAAUCGAUAGAAAUCGCGGAGGAAUCACCGGUGAAGAAGAGAGAGGCAUUGAGAGAUUCUCCAAAUUUUCUGAUUUCAUGUUGCUUGUGUAAGAAGAAACUUAGAGGCAAAGACAUUUACAUGUACAAAGGAGAUGAAGGAUUUUGUAGUAGAGAGUGUAGAUCGGUGAAGAUAAUGGAUGAUAGUUUAGUCGAGCAACAUAAAUUGAGAAAUGCCGAGGUUUUAAGCUCCCCAUGCGCCGGAGAUGAGAUUGCCUCCCCCGGAAUAUUCCUAAUAUGAAUUUGUGAGCGGUCCGGUUAGAUUCUACCAAAAAUUACAGAAAUUUUCUAGUAAUGCUGUAUAUUUUGUCUAUCUUGCCAUAUUUGUUAAGGCUUCGUUUUUGAGUUAUAACGAGAAACCAAAGAAGAAUGUUUUAGUGUGGACAAAACAGACAAUGAUUAACAAUUUAAGUAAUACACUACAAAGUUUAAA